UACUGAAACAGUUAAAGUGAUCUUGAGUUGACUCCCUCAGCCGGGGGUAGCAGUCCGUUUCCCCAAAGGCGGGGCAGGGAAAGCCACUGCUUUCUCCCAUUUGUCUGCUUUUCAAACCAGCUCAAGCUCUUACCAGCAGCUGAUGUGUUCAGUGACUCCCCUCUGACUCCAGCAGUUAGAGGCAGGAGAAGUUUGAGCCUGGAGGAGCUGAGCCAGGCAAGGCAGAGCUUCUCCAGCACUGCAGGAGCGCAGGGAAGCAGCAGGCCCAUCCUCGUGCUCCUCCUGCCAGCAGAGAAGUUCAACGUUGGUCUCUGCUCUAAAUAGCUCAUCACUGCCACGAUGACAUCUCCAAGCUCUGCCCAGCAUCCAGCAGCUGAGAAUGCCUGCAGAAUAGCACUUGGACAAGCUAACCAGGUGCGGCCCAAACUGCCACUUCUGAAGAUUCUGCAGGCUGCAGGCGCCCAGGGGGAAACCUUCACACUGAAGGAGGUUAUGCAUUACCUAGGACAGUAUAUCAUGGUGAGGCAGCUAUAUGACAAAAGGCAGCAACACAUGGUCUAUUGUGGAGGAGAUCAGCUGGGAGAACUGCUGGGAUUGGAGAGCUUCUCUGUGAAAGAUCCAAGCCCAGUCUAUGAGAUGCUGAAACGGAACCUGACUUCUGCUGCAGUGGCAGAUGCUGCACAGAGUCUCGCAAAGGAACAGAGCGUCGAUAAGCCAAGCCAAGACCAGCUGAAGUUCAGCCAGCAAGAAGGUUCUGACCCUGGCAUCAUGGAAGGUGAAAGCAAUCCUGCUGCUUUGUCUACCUCAGAGCAAAAAUGUGAGCAUUACGAAGACAAAGACUUAAUAGAAAACCUCUCUAAAAGCAAGAAGCCUAAACUGGACCUAGUGUUUGAGGAAUGGGAUGUAGCUGGUCUUCCAUGGUGGUUUUUAGGCAACCUCAGAAGCAAUUACAAGUCCAGAAGUAAUGGAUCAACAGAUAUUCAGACUAACCAGGACAUAGACACUGCCAUCGUUUCGGAUACUACUGAUGACUUGUGGUUCCUUAAUGAAUGCUCAUCGGAUCAGAACAGUGCUGCAGUCAAGGUGGAAGCAGUUGACUGCGAGGAAGUGAAGGAAGGUGACCAAAAGGUGACUGAGGGUAUCUGUUUGAAUGACUUUGAAGAUUCUCAAUGCUUAAGUGAUGACACAGAUACAGAAGCUGCUUCUGAGGACUGUUGGCAAUGCACCAAAUGCAAGAAGUUUAACUCUCCAGGCAAACGGUACUGUUACCGCUGCUGGGCCUUGCGGAAAGACUGGUACUCAGAUUGUCCCAAACUGGUUCAUUCUCUUUCCCUGUCCAGCAUUGAUGCUAUCCAAAACAAACAGGAUGAUGAAGCGAUCGAUGUCCCGGACUGCCGAAGGACUAUUUCAGCUCCAGUUGGCCAACCCAAAGAGCUGUACGUGGUAGAAACCAAAUCACGUGUAGAUCCCCGCAGCUCUAUUGAGUCUUUGGAUUUGGCACAGGAAUGUGAAAGCCAGGAGUCUUUGUUGCAUUUCACUGAGCAUAAAAAGGAGGAGGAAAUUCAGUCUUUAGAGAGUAUCAAAAAAUUGCUGAACCCUUGCUUCCUGUGCCAUCACAGACCACGGGAUGGGAAUAUUGUCCAUGGAAGGACUGCUCAUCUUGUGGCCUGUUUCAAGUGUGCAAAGAUGCUGAAGAAAAAGAGAUCACCGUGCCCUGUGUGCAGGAAAGACAUUGAGAUGGUGAUCAGGAUCUUUAUGGGGUAGUUGUGCGAGUUCAGGCCUUCUCCCCCAAAAGAUUGCACACAGGUUUCCUUGCACUCACACCAACCCUGACUUCAGAGCUCAGACAGGGAAUACCAAAGAGAAGUAAGAUUCAAAUCUGACCAAGAGCAUGGAGAAAUCCUUUACAUUCAAUGAAGCAGCAUCCACAUUUCAAAUGUCCAUUUAAAUUAAAGCCCAUGGGGAGCAGGGAGCAACUGGCACAUUGGUAUCUCAACAUCCCAGCUUUGAAGUUGUCUAAAUGUUCUGAUUUCAGCUCAGUGCUGUCACUGGGAUGCUCUGUUCUGACAACUGGCUCUUGAAGAAAGCAAGUUUUGGAAAGAGUUAGAACUUUGGCUGCUGGAGUGGUGUUCUCCGGUGAGUCAAACCCUGUGCAGUGCCUUUGAAGGGGGGAGUCUGCCUCUGAGAUGCAUACAUAUAUGCAGGGGUGGGAAAGAGGGUCCAAGCAUCAGUUCUCCUCAGGGCAGUGAGAACUAAACAACCUGGCUUCUGAUUCUUUCGUGUGGUUUAACGUAGGUUUGUUAGAUAAGGUGAAGGUCCUUCUGCUACCAGUCUUGAAAUAAGCCCUCCCAGAUUUUUAAUCCAUAGCUAUCUCAGGUCCCAGAUCAGAUGGCAACAGCAUAGGCUGUUAGGUUUUGCUUUGAUAUUGGAUCUUUUCAUUGGUAUCGAUUCUUCUUUUUCCCAUUUAAAUCCAGGUCUAUGUCACCUAGCAUAGCUUUGCUGAAGCCUGUCCAGCAUUAGCUCAGAAUCUGUUCUGCCAGCUGGAUUAAUUGAGAGCUCUGUGCAUGUUUGGGGAUGUUCUCAUAGCUCUGUGCUUACAGCACCGUUGCAGCUCCUGUCUGCCUCAUCUUGUCAGAUUAAAUAUGCUCAAUUCAGAGCAUGAUGUAGUUUUAAAGACAGGAUAUGAGCCUCUGAGGUAAAAAAAUGGUGAUUUCUGUAAAGCACUGACUGCAGCUGGUUAGUCUGUGGGCUGUGCUUGGUGUUAGUCUGAGAUCACAUCCUAGAGUGUGUGCUCAAACCUUUUUGUUCUGCAGGGUUUUGGAGGGCCUGUAUCAUGCAGCAGUAGCAAUAGUGCCUUCACCAUUCAGGUACACAGGCAUUUGCAUUCAGUACAGUGCAUAGAAUAAACCCUGUUUCAUCAUCUCUAGAAUUCCCUCUCUAGUCUAAGAAGCACACCUGAAGACAGAAAAAGAGAAGGUGAUGCUCAUACCUUGGUGCUUCUCUAGGCUGUUCCCCUUGUCUCCACACUCCGUGCAUGGGUCCAGCCCCGCAGGUCAGGGGUGCAAUGAGACACCCGGAUCCUGUCCAGCAGAAGGUCCUGAUGGUAGAGUUGUUUCUCUGCAAAGAUAACAGAGUAGGUGCUAUAUACAAUCACUGCCUAUCACUGCCAAAAGUCAGAUCAACUUCAUGUUUUGCAUAGUGUUGUGAUGAUUUCUCUGUUGGCUGUACUUUAGACUGUUGUUGUUGGCUGUUAUUUACAGUUGUGUUUUAACUGUUGGAGGAUACCUGGUGUUUAGGUGUACUAUCUGUAAGUCCAUGGGAAUCAAUCCACAUGGAAAAGCUGAUUUAUUGCUCCCUUAACUAAAGGGCUUUUCAAUUGCUGGUGAUGCACUUUAGUCAUGCUGAGAUCAGCAGCGUGGAAUCACCGAAGGGAGUUCCUGCUGGCUAGUUCCUGUCCUUGGGAGGCUAUCAGGCUCCGCAGGGCACAGGGUGGCACUUUGUGGCACUUCUGAAUGCUGUGAAUUCCCCCUCGCCCCGAUAGCUUCUAAGAACUGAAUGUUUGCUAAAAGCAGGUUUAGGGAAUUGUUCCGGUCUCGCUGCACUGAAAAGCAUGUGAUUUGUGGUGAUCAAAACCCAAAAAGUCCAGAGCGUUUAAGUUUCGAUAAUGGGCUGGAAUGUCUCUACCAAGCCCCUUCUGAAGGGCUGUGUGCACUUCCCAUUACCAAGUUGUUUUCAGUGUGGCAGUUCAGGAUAAGGAGCAAAUUGCAAGAAAAGUUGGAGUGUAACAAUCUCUGUGACUUCUUGUUCAGUAGAACCACGGUGUUUACAACCUGCAUUUGUCAAGUUCUUCUUUCUUUUUAGCUGAAGUACUAGUGGACAUAAGAUGAUGUUACUGUUGAUUUUCCUUCCUAUAGAAGAAUAAGCUAUUGCAGUGCAAGCACACCAUGUGUAGCUGUAACUGCCCAGGUUGUGGCUGGGGCUUGGAGGCUGGGGAGAGGUUUAGUGCAGGGAAAGGAGAGAAGAAUGUUCUAUUGCUUUAAGUCUAAAUAAGUAGCAAUGUACCAAGAGCUGCUCUUCUGGCACUAGUUAGGAAGGGCAGAUUUCAGGUGUGGUUGAAGUAGCUCAAAGCAUGCAGUGAUCACCCUGAGCUUACAGCACAGACGGGACAUUGGCCAGGAAGCGUUGUCACCUCUUUUCUCCAGAUGUGGCUGUUAAUGUGGGGUCCCAGUUCAGAAACUCUGUUCUUCUGGAGGUGCUGAGCAUUUGCCUGUCUCACGUAGAUGAAUUCAGAGCUCAGGGGGUGGACUUUGGUUCUCUGAAUAUUCCAUUGGUGUCUGAUAGCAGAUGAGUUCUUCUCUCACAGUGGGUUUACUAUGAAGUGCAAUAUGAGAGGAGAGCUCCUUGGUAACCUCCAGCAGUGAUUGCAGCACAUCUCCUAGGAGCAGAGUUGGCUGGCAAUGCCCAGACUAAAAAGGUUUAUCUGUUUCACUGCUCUUUUUGUCUUCAGAGACAUUGGUUGCUGUUCCUCAGGAGCCUGCUGAGGUCUCUUGGCACAAGUGUACUGUAGGUCAGGUUUCACGUACUGAUCCCUCUGCUUUUCAGCCACUUUUGCCUCCAGUUAUCCCCAGAACCAGCGAAAUCCUUCCUUUGGUGGGUACUUAAGUUCGGUGUGGGAACUGUAGAGUGCCAUUGAGCACAUUAAAGUGCUCUGCAGCAUGAAACCACACGUGUAGGUAAAUGCUCAGUAUUGGCAGCCAGAGGUACACACGUCGCAUUUGCUCUUCUCAGUGACUGUUUGCUGACGCACAGCAGCCUUUGCUUCAGCUCUUCACAAACCUCAGCAUCCCUCUGCUGAGAUGGAUUGUGGAGCCAGCUUAGCCUAAAGAAAGCCGCUACAUGAGGUACAAAGAUCCUUUGGAGCAGCCCCCUGGAAUGCUUACUCUAAGCAGUUACCAUGAGGACAGCUAUGAACUUUCUGACUGUGUUACAUAUCUAUUAUGGUGCAUGACUGUGAUGGAGACCAUAGUGCAGCUUCCCAGGGGCUGUUCCAUCCUCCUGCAUCUAGCAGGAUGAUUAUAUCUGGCACUGAGCAGUCUUCUCAAGAGCAAGAACGAGACCCACACAUUAUACAGGGGUGAUAAACUGUGUUUGGAACAGCUCCAGAAGCACAGGUGACCUUUGGGCAGCAGCUUUUCUGCUCUGGAAGCCCUGCUUCAGUUACCUGUCUGCAGUGACUGGACUUUUCCUUGCUCCUCUGAAGAGGUGGAAUUCCAAGUCCACGGUAGUGUCUGGCCAUCUGCCACAGGCUGGUUACACAUCCCAUCCACUUGCUCUCUGCACCUUAUUAACAGGCAGCUUUGUGAUCGCAGUCCUGCUUUCCUGUGCUCUUUUACCCUGGGUACAUGCACUUGCUGCCCACCCAUGUGUGGGACACCCCAUGCCUGCUGCACGGAGUGGAUGCUUCGGGAAGAUGCAGCCCACUGACCUCUGCAGUUACCUUCUGCAUCUCCAACCCUUAGAAGACACAACCAAUCUGAGGAGCAGCCCAAAGGCAGGAACACGUCGUACCUCUGGCUGAAAGACUUGCUGGCUGGAAAGGGGGAUUUCCUGCCGGAGCUCCCCCAGUGCUCCCAAAUCCUGGUGUAGAGCAGCAUACCACCCUGCACCCGCAGGCAGUGCCGCAGUCACGAGCAGGAGUGCUUGCUCCAUCUAACAACCAUCUCUGUGUUUGCACUAUUGAAAGUGGGCGUGAAUCGCAGAAUGAGCUGGGUUUGUGUCCUGUGUGUAAUGAAUUGAAUUAAAUUGAGCACGUUCUGUGAUAA